GUCAAACAGUGAUCAAUCCUGAAAAUGUAAGAACAGUACAGAUAUCCCCCAAAUGUCAGAGCGGUACAGAUAUCUCCCAAAUGUCAGGACGGUACAGAUAUCCCCCAAAUGUCAGAGCGGUACAGAUAUCCCCCAAAUGUCAGGGCGGUACAGAUAUCCCCCAAAUGUCAGGGCGGUACAGAUAUCCCCCAAAUGUCAGGACAGUACAGAUAUCCCCCAAAUGUCAGAACAGUACAGAUAUCCCCCAAAUGUCAGGAUAGGACAGAUAUCCCCCAAAUGUCAGAACAGUACAGAUAUCCCCCAAAUG